CGACAUCUCAAUCAAUUGGAUCAGAGAUCCCCACUUCGUGGCAGGAUUUCUGUCCCGGGGGGAGGGGGGGUGGUGACGAAAGUCGCAAAGGUCUCCUACAUCAUAUCCCGUGUUCAAUCCCCCCAAAUAUGGGCUGCAUCAAGCUAUACAAGAGCGUUCUGCGAUCAUUCAUGAUCACCGCUCUGAACAGUCGUCAAUUUGUUUGGACCAUAUCGAGACCAGACCCCAAUGACUUUAAACACCGAGUUUACGACUUCGCCUGCCCUCGCAGACGACGCCAACGCCUGGCAGUUUGCAUUAUGCCCCGAAAUCCUGUAUGAUCAAGGCCAAACCCAAGAAUCGCCCAUUUUCAGCGACAGUGAUCUCUUCUUCCCGGCCGCGGGAGCCCCUUCAGCGGGCCUCGUCCCACAAAGACGGGCUCCGCCCGAGUUUGUCCAGCCUCGGGACCUCCACCCCGGCGACCCCUCGGGGUCGACUUCGCCCGCAAGCCAAACUUCUCAGCUGGGCCGGACGGCCUCCAUCGACUCGGCGACCAGCAGCCCCGUCUCGCUGAGCCACCACCAGCAGCUCCUCCGGCGGAUGUCCCUGGCGUCGGUGGAGCUGAACGACGACGCGUACCGGCCGCGAAACACCCCGGCGCGGCGGAAGAAGAGCACGACCGGCCGCAUCGCCCCGCGCUCUGAAAAGCACGCCCGCGAGCUGGAGCUGAACCGCCGGGCCGCGACCAAGUGCCGGAACCGGCAAAAGGUCUUCAUCGAGCACCUCCAGCAGCGGUGCCGCAAGGAGGAGGAGAAACUGCACGUGCAGACCUCCCUCGUCUCGGCCCUGCACGACGAGGUCGUCGCCUUGAGGAACGAGGUCCUGCGCCAAAGCUUCUGCGACUGCCGCUUCUUGUCGAGCGCGGGCGCGACGGUACCCCUGCACUCGUGACGCUGGAUGGGCUACCGGGGGUGUGUCAUGUUCGUGCGAGAGGGGCCCGCAAACAAAGUCAGGAAAACAACCGACGUGGGUCCCCCGAGAUAGUUAUUGUGUUCCCCCGCCCCCCCGGAAUUCGACGAGACACCCCUCCCACGGGCCCUCAAACUGUUCCAAAAAGCCAUCGGCUGAGAAGCCAUGCUUGUGUUGUUGAUGCAUCUACCUGAUCGGUCGAAACCCAGUCAAGACCGCUGUCCACACCGAGUAUGGGUGGUGGGAAGAGGACGAAUGUUAACGAUUCAACGCUGAGAGGACUUUUGCUUUUUCGGGAUGGAAUCCACGCAUGGAAGAUCCACAUGCAGGGGAGUGGGCGCGGGAUUCUUUGUCCUUGUAUUGUUUUUGAAGCGCUGGGCUAGGUUCAGAGGCAAACUCCCAUUGUUGUUGUUGUUGUGGUUGUGGUUGUGGUUGUAUCUGUGUCCUGUAUACACAUGUCAAUUUGUUCCAGUAUGCGUGGAAGGUGCCUAAUAUAAACCUGUCGUUUCCGACAUUGCGGGACGGGACC